AUGACAACAUCGUUCGUUUCGCAGCAGACGCAGCUUUUCCAUGAAGUCUGGAGGUCGAUUGGCCUGGAGAUCAUCAUUUUCGUGGUGACGCUCGUCUGUGCUUUUGCCGUUCGCCGUUUCUCACCUUCACCGCGCAAAGACUGCUUUCCAGAAGGCCUGCGAUGUGCCGAAGCCUGCUCCGCAGCCGAAGCGCUGCGAACAGGGGAAGCACCGUCUGCCCACUGA